UUCACUUAACCACUAGUUCGAGUUGCAUAAAAUGGAGAAUAAUCUGGUGGGAUAUAGAUUUAGUCCUACGGGGGAGGAACUGAUCAACCAUUACCUCAAGAACAAGAUUCUUGGUAAGUCAUGGCUCGUCGACCAUGCCAUUAGCGAGGUUAACAUCUGUCGUUACGAACCAUGGUUUUUGCCUUUUGCAGCAUUAUCGAAGCUUGAAUCGAAGGAUCUUGUAUGGUACUUCUUCUCUCCCAAGGAGUACACGUCUGCGAAGAAGAAUGUAACGAAGAGAACUACACCUUCUGGGUAUUGGAAAGCUACUGGUGUUGAUAGAAAAAUCAAGGAUUGGAGAGGAAAUGGUGUUGAGAUUGGUAUUAAGAAGACGCUUGUGUACUAUGAAGGUAGGGUUCCUAAUGGAGUUUGGACUCCUUGGGUCUUGCACGAGUAUCACAUCACUUCCUUGCCUCUUAAUCAGAGGACCUAUGUUAUAUGCCAAGUAAUGUACAAGGGUGAUGACGGAGACAGUUUGUAUGGUAAUAACUCGAAUGAACCAAGUAGCUCUAUGGUGUCUGAUUCCAAUCCUGUCAAAUUCAUUAACACAUCACCUGAGGUUGUGCAGAAAGGUCAAGAAGAUGGUAUGUCUAUGUAUGACUUAUUAAUCCCACUGAACCAACAAGUGGAUCUCUCUCCUUAUGAUGUGUUCAAUCCAAAUAAGAGUUUCACAGACAACAGUUACUACCCACAAACUCCUUACGGUGAUGAUUAUUGGAAUCGGUUGCUGGAUUAUAACGGAGGGAAUUUCGAAGAUGUGUUUCGCAAUCAAGAACUCACAAUCCAAGAGAACCAAAGCAAUCACAGGCCAAAGAGACCUUUGACAGGGAUCAUUGUUGAUGAUAGCUGCAGUGAUAGCGAUGCUGAAUCCAUAUCUGCAACAAGUUACCGAGGAACAUCAAGUCCAGGUGAUAGCGAUGGUAGUGUAGACGAGAUUCUGUCGUUGAUGAAAGGCUCUUCCAAAGAUAUACUAACUUCUAUUAAUGGAAAUACCCGGGAGUCUCGUUUCACACGACGCACCAUACCAUCAAAACAAGAGGUGAAAGAAGGUAAGUCUAAAGCCAAUGAUGAUGAUGCAUCCAUGGACAAGAAGGCAUUAUCACCUAUAAUGAAGACAGAGAAGAAGGGCUGGUUUAUUACAGAGGAAGCAAUACAGAGAAACCACAAGAAUGCACCGUAUAUCUAUUUCAUGAACAUGAUCAUAGGACUCAUCCUCUUGGUGGCUGUCAUUGGCAACAUCAUAUGAAGCCUCAGAAAAUUAACCAGCUGAUGAAGUUUGAUUGCAAGGAGAGGCAAAGCAAAAGGAUCGAAGCACUCGUUUUUAAUUGGAUUUUUCUGAUUUUUAUUUAUUUUGAAUGUGUAAUAAUAUAUAUACUUGUGUCGGUGUGUGUAUGUAUGAACUAUAAGUGAAGCUCAAUUUUUCUUUA